GCGCUGGAAGGAAGGGCACUCCACUGGAUGCGCGAUGGUACGGUGAGGCUCCCCGCCUAAUUUAUAGUCUUUAGGCAGAGGGAUGCAUCGUUUUAACCCUUUGCUCCGCUCUCCAGAGUUGCACAUAUUUGUAAAUAGCCUUUAAGUAAUAUUUAGUAAAUAAGUUGAGGAAAUGUGUAAAGGGGCUGCAGCUAUUUUGGGGAGUUGUAUUGGACAAUAAGUGUAAGGAUAUUUCUUCAUCGUUUGCUUCAACUUCGGAUGGCUUGAGUAUUUGCACACAUGCAUGUUGACAAGCAAGAAUGUAAGGUAGCCUAUGGCCGGUCUACCGUUCUCACAUCACACGGAGUAAGGGAGCAUCGGUUGGAUUCGCAGCGCUGGACAUCGAACUAUAGCGCCGUGAUUCGGAGUACGUUUGAGUGCCCAGAGAAAUAACUUUAUAUAUUGGGAUUGCUUGGUCACCUGCGUUCCUUGUCAGUCAUAUGCCACCGACAACGUAAAUUCAACAGCAAAAUUAAUAUGGCAUAAACUAAUUCUGGAGACGCCAGUCACAGAUAUCGCCGGCGACUUGGAUAGGGUGAAUGAGAAUUUCCCAAACGGUCAAAUCCUAUGCAUACCGUGCUUGUUUACUCGCUACACUAUCUAGUGUCUUCGAGAAGAGCGCAGGAGGAAUGCUGGUCCAAGAUCUAAUACCAUUUACUUUAAGUUUUUGGCCUCUUCUCUUCGGUCAUUGCAUUCUCUCGUUGGUUUUACUCUCAUGCCAGGGUGAACUCCAGAGGUCAUGCUCGCAGACUGUAACUGAGAAAGUGAGCGAACACUGCCAGCUGGCAUGUCAGUGUAGAAGCUACCCUCCCCUUCCUCCCCCGCCUCCUCCCCCACCUCCCCCACGGCUACUGUUGGCCACAGUAGUUGAGUCCCCUCUGCCCCUGUUGAGACCGUGGUGGAUGGAGAUCUUAGUGCUUGGGACAGUGGGCUGUGCCUCAGCUGUUUUCCUCCUUUCAGCCAUGAUCAUCUGCUACAAGGCCAUAAAGAGGAAACCACUACGGAAAGAGGAGAACGGGACAAGUCGUGGGGAGUAUGCCAUGAGUGUACGCAAAAAGAAGGCAAUGGGCCCCAACAACACUGUGGUGUAGUCUGGCCACUGACAGAAAGAGGAAGUCACAUCACCAUCAUCCCCACUACCCACCCUAUCCUACCCAAAACUCCUAUUAACUAGAACGCAACAGGGGGUUGACCUGUUAAAAAUGCAUAAACGCCUUUCCUUCUCUCCUAGCAUGUUGCCUGGAUGAAAGACAACGUCCAGAUAAAGGAGAGUAGCGAGAACCAGAGAGAGAGAAAAACUAAACAUGGAAGUGGAUUCAGAGAAUGAGUAAAAAAGUGAAUUGAGGAAUAAAGUGAAUUGAGAAGUUCUACACCAGAUUGUCGACAAGAAGUGUCAUUGACAGGGGAAUGGUUGACUGCUAAUCUGUCAACCUACACAGCUCCACACUUCUUACAGACAACUUCGAUGUAGGAACAGACACUGAAGCACUGCGAUGGGAUAGGAGGUUGCGGAGGACCAGACCAAGAACAAAAUGUGCACGCAGUUUUUAUGGAAAAUGCAACAUUCUUUUCUACGGUCGGGCUGUCUCAUCUAUUCUCAUCUGACCGUUUUUCUUUUUAAUUUAUUAAAGAAGAAUUUGUAUUAUACUGGCACAGUUGCAGGUUCUUGCUGUGGUUUGAGAUGUAUAGUGCUCAUCUGACUAUGCAAUUAAAACACACAUUUACAGGUCAUACCAAGUGGGAAGUAAAACAACAAGAUCAAGUCAGUUCCUAUGUUCCAUACCAACAACACAACUGAGAACAGCCUGAGUACAAACUUGAUCUACUUAUCUAAUUUGUUCAUUUAUUUAUUUGCUGUAUUUAUUCAUUCAUUUGUCUGCUUAUGUAUGUUAUUAUUGUUUAAUUCAGUCAGUUUAAUGAUUUGAAAUGUUUUCUUUUUAGAUGAAUUAUUUAGUAAUCAUAUCAUUCAUUUUAAUGGUCUGACGCUUCAAGCCCACUUUUAAUUUGCUACAGACACUGAUGCAGAAAACACAUCUGCAAAGAGUUUUGGCGCUCAGUUGUUCAUCUCUUGAUGUUUGAUAUGCCUUUCUGUGUUCCCCUGCGACUUCAGCGAAUAUGAUGGGGAUUUCUGUGUUCCCCUGCGACUUCAGCGAAUAUGAUGGGGAUUUCUGUGUUCCCCUGCGACUUCAGUGAAUAUGAUGGGGAUUUCUGUGUUCCCCUGCGACUUCAGCGAAUAUGAUGGGGAUUUCUGUGUUCCCCUGCGACUUCAGCGAAUAUGAUGGGGAUUUCUGUGUUCCCCUGCGACUUCAGCGAAUAUGAUGGGGAUUUCUGUGUUCCC